AUGAAUAAGUCGGUUCUGAUGUCAACCGUUACUAGUGAUCCAGAGGCUAUUGGCUCGGCCGGACCAGUAGAUAUCAAAUCUACGUCUCCUGCAAGCGAAAAUACCGAAACUCCAUAUCCGGAAGACCAUGACAUGAACGAAAUGGAAGAUGAUGCUUUGGAAGAGGUAGACGAGUCGACCAUGAGUCUCCCGCUUUCUAAAAUUAAGAGAAUUUUCAAAAUAGAUCCAGAUUACUUUGGAUCUUCAGCAAGUGCAGUUUACGCUACGGGUGUAGCUACCGAACUAUUCGUUCAAUAUUUGGCAGAGCAUGCGUCUGUAUUAGCCAAAUUAGAGAAGAGAAAGAAGAUUCAAUACAAGGAUUUGAGUAACGCCGUCAGCACACAAGAUGCUUUGCAUUUCCUUAGUGAUACUAUUCCAAGAACUCAGACUGUGGGGCUGGCCAUAAAAGAAAAGAAGAUUAACUUGUCAGAGAGCGACAAGUCGAAACAUGCUGAUAUCGUCGGUGAAGAACAGGUUGAAAAUGAAGAGGCUUCUUCUGGAAGGCCAACAUUACCGCCUUUGCCCAAAGGUCAAACGAGUCUACCUUUCGAGCCCGUUCCAAAAUCAGAAGUUAAAAAGGCUGUUAUACAUGACCUUGUGCUGAAUGACAAUGCACAAAACGAGUCUGAUUCAAUGACUAUUGACGGGUAA